AUGUCCUCGCAACAAAAAAAGGAAACUUCUCCUGUCAAAGUCUUCUUUGCAAUUGUUUGUUUCCCAAUUACCUUAAUUAUUCUUCUAUUCCGUGCUUGUUCAUCAUCUAAAAAAUCAUCAUCAUCAUCAUCAUCAUCUAAACAACUACAAGGCCCACCAUCACUAGUUGUCUCUUCACAACCAGGCCGCCAACCUAUCCCAGACUUAGAAAAGGGUCCUCAUGAUCUUACAACUGCUCAGACAAAUGCAACCUAUGCAACUUAUGCUACUGCAAACUCAGGAAUCGCUACAGCUUCUACAAAAACUGCAGCAGUACCAACAGCAACAACAUCUAGUGCAUUUAGUUCCUUCUCAGGUAACUAUACCGCUCUUACACCAUGGGAAUUAUGGGACCUAGUCGAUAUUGACCGCCAGAAAAUUCGUGCCGGUGAACGUGCUUCUGUAGAACUUGAAGUUCUUAGAAUUAUUGACAAUUACUUUGCAAUGAUGUCUCCUCAAUUUUUGCUCACCUCUCAAGUACCUAUCCCAUUGUUCCCCAGAUUGGCGCCAGCUUAUCCAGGUGAUGCUCAAUCUGCGCGUGAAGGUGGUAGUGGUAGUGGUAGUGGUGUCUCGCCCACCAUUAUUGUGCAACACCCACCAGCAGUAGCAGGUGCAGCACCAGUAACAACAACGCGUGUUGUUCCCGUGGUUGCUCCUAUUUUUGUAGCCCCACUGUUCCGUCCUCCACUAUUAUUUGUCCCACGUCCACGUCCCAUCAUUGUCAUGUCAAGACCCGUCCAUCGUGUCAACGUCACUCAUGUUCAUAACCACCCUCCUCCCAAACAGAGUUAUCAAACUCCUGCAAAACCACAAGGUUAUUAUGGGAAACCUCAAACUCAAGCGUAUCAUGCACCUGCAAAACCUCAACAAGCAUCUUACCAUGGUGGCCCACGCCCACAGGGAUACGGCCAACCCCGACCUCAAAGCUACACGCAACCACGGACACAAGGAUACACGCAGCAACGACCUCAGCAGGCCCGAGCAGCAGCCACAACAGCGUUAAAUGGUGGUGCAGGAGGCCGGGCUCCUGCUUAUGGAGCAGGGUAUGCAGCUCGCCAAGCACCGACAGCAGCUCGCCAGGUCCCAGCAGCUGCCAGACAAGUUCCAGCAGCUGCUCGACAAGUACCAGCGGCUGCUCGACAAGUACCAGCAGCGGCUGCCAGACAAGUGCCAGCGGCUGCCGGGGCUGCACGGACUGUUGGAGGAGCAGGAUAUGGAGCAGGCGCAGGAUAUGGAGCAGGCGCAGGAUAUGGAGCAGGCGCAGGGUAUGGAGCAAGAACAGGAUAUGGGGGUGGAUAUGGAGGUGGACGGACUCGAGUGUCUGGGUUUGGUGGAGCAGGACGUCGUCGCCGGUGA